UUUUAAAAAAUUAGGGUCUUGUAUCUCUUUCUUCCUCCUCCUUUCCCCCUCUCACGUACCUUCGCAGGGAGAUCCGCGCGAUUACCAAAACUCCGGCGAGCUUCCACCACGAGCGGCGGCGGAAAGGCCCACCACGAACCCAACCUCGUGGCGACAACUUCUUCUGGAGCGCGACCUCGAACUCAGCAAAACUACCUCGAACGAACCUAUUCGGAUUUAAGCAAAUAUCCACUCGCGACAAGGAUGGCAUGGAGGCAGAUUUUCUCCAACAAUAGGUCAAUACUCCAACCAUACUCAGCUCCUUUAUUUGCUAGAUUCUUUUCUAAAUCAACCCCAUAUGUCGUGAAAGUCGGGAUACCAGAGUUUUUAAAUGGCGUUGGGCAUGGGGUGGAGUCACAUGUGCCCAAACUUGAAUCAGAGAUUGGAGACUUCCAAAAGUUGCUCGUCACUCGCACACUUAAGCUGAAAAAACUUGGAAUCCCAUGCAAACAUAGGAAGCUGAUAUUGAAGUAUAUUCACAAGUAUAGGCUUGGACUAUGGAGGCCCCGAGCUGACUCCAUGAAGGCCUGAUGGUUUAACUAGAUUUACGAGGUGAAUGGAAUCGUUUGCUGAUCCUUGGAUCUCAGUUUGUAGAACUCUCAAGGACAAUUUUCGUUUAUUAAAUCUAAAGCAUAUCCUCAUUUUACUGUUUCGUUCGUUUAAGAUUAUGCAUGAAGCUUAAAUUUAAGUGAACUGAGAGUUUAGUCUUAAUAUCAACUGAAUGACAGGACAAAAUACCCAAGAUUCAGGUAA